GAAUUCUAUUAUUAUCAAUUAUGGACCCAAAAUUUAUUUCCUACGACUCUUUCGUGUCGAAAGGAAGUAAGUAGAUAAUGUUGGAAAAAAUAUGUUUCGUCCGAAAUAGACUUUCAUUUAUAUAAUUUAUUCUCCACGCUUAGAGGAAAAUUUUGGAGAUAAAGGUACAAUAACAUUUUUCGAAUGACCACCCGCGACGAUAAUACGGAUUUUCACUGAAAUCUGAAUUUAGACAGGGAUGUUGGUAUUUUGAUAUUUGUUUGAAUUAACGCGUGUCAAAGAAUUUUUCGAACCAUGUUCUUCUCCACUGGGAAUACUUUUGAUUAUUAAUAUUGAAGAACUUGUGAGAAAUUUAUAGAUUCAAACAUUUAUAAGCUGAUUAACCAUAAGUCGAUUAACAUAAUAGCGAAUCGAAGUAUAUGUGUACAAAGUAGCGACAAAUUCAUAAAACUAUUGAUUAUGUAUGUGCAACAAAUAAUAUUCUUUUAAUAUGUAAUAGUGUCUAUUGAUUUUGGCUUAUUAUUCUUGUUAUGACUAUUUUAUCGAUAAAGUAUCACACUGAUGAUCAAUUUUAUCUACCAUCAGAAAUGUAGGAAUCUUAGUAUAAUCGAUCGGAACAGUCAAUGUCUGUCGAAAGCACAGCACACUUAUCUCAGUUGAAAGGAAAUACCGAAAAUCGGUGAAGAAGGAAUCCUGCUACAGACACGAUAGAUUAAAUUAGACUUUAGGAGACACCUUUCUUUCAGUUUAAAAAGUUGGAUUAAUAUUAGUAGCCAUACACUAUUUAUAUUAUACUGCAUAUUUUAUUCGAAACUUUCUUUAAUAUAAAAAGUAACUAAUUUUAUUGCAAAGAAGAUAUUGUGUGUUACAAGAAAACGGACUAAUCGUAUAAUAGCAUUGGAAGAGUUCACGUCUUGUGUACGUUAGUGGUUCAAGACAAACUUCAUAAUGAAGAAAACGUGAUUCCAAAGAAACGGAUAUACGAUCAAAUAUUUCUACAUUAGCGAAUAAAUAGUAUAGUUAGAUGUAUUUCGUUUGUCGUUAUAAAUGAAAAUUGUGGCACUAAACUUAUAAGAAAAUUCUGAACGAUCAUUUCCAUGGGCAAUUGUAUGAAAUCUACUGAUCCUUUGACUGCUUCUCUUCCGAAAAGUAUCAGUAUCGACACCACAGCGAUUAAAGAAUCAGGAGUGCCGAUUAUCUUCGUAAUUGGAAGACCGGGAGCUGGAAAAAGAACCCUAUACAUGAAAGUGGCAGAGAAGUACGGUUUCGAUGACAUAAUAUCCUCAGAUGUGAUUCGAACUGAAGUGUCGAAGCGAACGGGAAAGGCGUUCGCGCUGGCGCGUUUAUUGUCGGAAGGUCAAUUGGUGCCAUCGGCUAUAUUAGUGGAAUUGAUCGCUGCUAAGAUGCUCCAACACGUGCAAGACAAGGAAGGGUUCAUUCUGAGCGGAUUUCCCUGGGAGAAAUGUGAGGCAAAAUUAUUCGACAAAGAAGUGCGUCGCCCCAAUCUCGUUCUAAUGCUGAACGUUCGAAAUUCCGUGAUGAGCGAUCGGUUAAUGGCGAAAAGCGUGAAAGCCACUGAGAGAUUGUCCAUUAAUUUCGAGUAUAUUAAAAAGCAAAUCGAGGACUUUCAUAAACGAAACAAAUUGAUAGUGAAAUACUAUAGAAAUUUGGUGGUGGUGAUCGACGCUGAACCUGACACGAUGACCGUGUUUGAGAAAGCAUCCGAAUCUAUAGAUAACAUUUUAGUGGAACUUUCAGGCUUUGAAGCGAAUCGUCCAGCCACGUCGAAUGCUGCUAGAAGUAGAGUAACCUCGAAAUAAUAAAGUUCGUAUUAUAACUAUUUAUAUCAUACAUAAAAUUUAUAUUAUACAUAAAAUGAGACUAAUAUGCCAUUUAAGAGAAACUUUUAUGGAACAAUAUUAGACCGAAUAUUUUUAAUUUGGUCAGAUGUAAUAUAGGUGUUAAGUGCUAGUAGUGGACGUGCUAUAAUUAGAAGAUCCUUUUAUCAGUUUAGCGAGCAGAAUAUUUAGACAGGAAACGUGAUUCCUUUUGUACAUCGUGAACAUUCAUCUCUGCGUAUACUUGAACGUUAUUGCAUAAAUAACGCUAUGACUAAUGUAGCCUACGGUGAAAUGCAAUUUUUGAAUAAAGCUUCAUGUUGACUUUAUUCUGCUUAAAUAGACGAUAAGUAAUAUAACAGAAUCCUUCGAACGAUAUAUCGUCUGGUAAAAUAAUGAUUACGAAUUAAAUGUUUC